UUUCUCUUCCGGGCUGCUGGUUCAGUUUUAUUUUUCUGCUUGUUUAACAAGUUUUCUGCAAAGACAACAUCUGGAAGAAAACGAGAACACGGCGGCAUGUCGACGGUGAAGUCCAGCGAGGGGAGGGUAGAUGUGGGCGGACAGUCUCUGUUUUACCGGCAGUUCGAGCCCGCUGAGGGGGCUGCAAGCCUAGCGGUGCUGCUGCUGCACGGGAUCCGGUUCUCCUCAGAGACGUGGCUCAAACUGAACACUCUGGAGCGGCUGGCAGAGGCCGGCUACCGCGCCGUCGCUAUUGAUCAGCCAGGAUUUGGCAAUUCCAAAGAAGCAAAGGCCCCGGUCCAGGUUGGUGAGCCAGCUCCUGGGAGUUUCCUGAAGCAGGUGUCCGAGGGGCUGCAGCUGGGCCCGGCUGUGGUGAUCAGCCCCUCCAUGAGCGGGAUGUACUCCCUGCCUUUCCUCUUCCAGCACAAUGACCUGGUGAAGGCCUACAUCCCUGUUGCACCUAUCUGCACUGAGAAGUUCACAGCAGAACAGUACAGCAGCAUCAAGACUCCAGCCUUAAUUGUCUAUGGGGACCAGGAUACCCAGCUGGGGGAGGUCUCUUUCAACAACCUGAAGAAUCUGUCCAAUCACAAGGUGGUUGUGAUGCAGGGGGCGGGGCACCCUUGUUACCUUGACAAACCAGGAGAGUGGCACAGUGCAGUGCUGGACUUCCUGCAGUCUUUGUAACUCCAGAGAGGAAGGUGUCCCUCUUAAAGGGAGACGAUUAGAAGGUUACACAUUUAAGUGAAUAUUUUAAGACAUGAUUAUUAUUAUAUUCUCGACAAGAAAUUAAGCACAAUGGCCUUUCCGGACCCCAUAAAACGAAAUAUACUUCAGAAAUCUUCUGGUCAACACAGUAUGAGUUAUGAAUAAAAGGACCAGAACAAACCGUCUAUGGCGGCAGUUACCCUACUUUUGUAAGAAACACGUGAUCUGUUUAUAAGAAAAUAAAGGAAACAUUGAAAUUGAAAAAAAUCUAUUUAUUAUGUGUCCAAAAUGACAUUUUUUCAUCUAUCUUCAGUAUUUCAUGCACAAAGGGUUAAAAGAAUGACUGGGAUGCUGCUGUUCUAAGUGUGGCGAGACAACAUGAAAGAAACACACAACUCUGCUUUGAAGUGAAAAAUAUGAACAUUAUUUAAUAACUGAUUCUCUGUAAUAAACAAUUUGAAAAUAUUUUACAAGGAGUCACAGACACGAUAUUUUACAAAUUUCGCCUCUUCAGUUUUUUUUAAAUUUUUUUUUUUAUUAUUUUUAAUCUGUACAAAAAAACAUCAGAGUGGCAUGAACAGUAAAAGCUUGCGGACGAUAAUAUGAACUGCACUUUCUCUGCAAACAUCAUCACCAGAAAAAAUCAAAAAACACGUUUGCUUGAUUUCAUCAUUACUCAUGGUUAUUGUUUUUACUUUUUAUUUUAUACACUUUUCAAACAUCGUCACAUAGCACCAAACUACAGACUACAGAAUCACAUACACACUCUGCCUUAGUCAUAGGCUUUCCCAAGAGACACACCAACACAGACACGGUGAAACCACAUGCCAUCCGGGCCAAAGGUUCCUAAAACACACCCAAACCCUCACAGAGUCCACUAAAGAAAAGCCACUGAAAUUCAAAGUUAUUUCUUAAUGCUCGGGUAGAAAUAGGCAAUAUACAGGAGCCCAUACAACAAGGGCUUCCAAUUCAUUUUUAAAACCAACUGCAUGUUCCAGUUCCCAUUUCCUUUUAAUCAAAUCCAACACAUCACUGAUCAAAACCGCAAUUAACAGUAUUCUGUUAAAAUGAGCUUCUAACAGGGGCAACACGUUACUGACGUUGAAGUCCCUGUCAGUCAGUCAAACUGGCUUCAAAUGAAAGCAGUUGAACAAAUCGCAAUAGUUGUCCUUCGAAGGAACUUGAAUUGGGAAAUGAUUUUAACAAUGAGUUGGAAUUGAAAAACAGGAAUUGACCCCAACCCUGCAUGAAACUUGAUGGUUACAGCAUGGGACUGCAGAAUGUCAUACCCUAGAAGAAUUGCCCAGAUAGACCGCUGGGCUGCAGUUCAGAAAGUCCCCAGCUCUGAGCCCCUUAGCAAGGGCACUUCAGAGAUGCCAGCCAGCUUUGAACAAGCCUCCGUGACGCUGGUAAAAAAAAAGGGAUUGAUGAUGAUAAUGAUAAGGAGGAGGAGGGCGGUGGUGCUGGUGGUAGAGGGGAGUAGCAUUCAGGCACACAACCCUGGUUACGUCACAGUCUGACACAAAACUAACCAACUGCCAGAUCUAUUUUACGUGGUACUGAGCUUUACAAAAACUAUCAGCAUUAGAGAUUGCACCUAUUGACAAUGCAACACAUUUGUUUUUUUAACACUGUCGUUUGGUGCUUGUAAAUAAUAAAGACAGAGCAGCACUUGUCACGAGUGCUGAACGGACGCUGGUCAUAUUGCAGCUUUAUGCUUCAGCAGUAUGACUCGAGGCGUUUCCUCUCCGCUGGUGCCUCCACCACCUGCCACGUUUCACUGCUCUACGUACAGGGUGGCUGGAAAGCCAUGGCUGCUUUUGAGCAGCAGCAGAGCAAUGAUCCCAGGCAGGUGACCUGGGUAACCAAUCCGAGGAGAUUUACCCAUCAGAGAACGCUCAACUUUUGGUGGCUCCUAGUCGUCUAAAAUCUGGAGCCAUGGCCUUUAGCUGUUACAGUCCUUGCCUUUGUACCUCCGUCCCAAGUCAUCCAGGCUUUUAUUGUAAUGCGCCCUGGGAUGCUCUGCAUGAAGAGCACUAUAUAAAAGCAAACUGUAUUGUAUGAGACACAGGAAUAGCUUGCAAUCGAGCAGGGAAGCAGUUUGGCUUCUAGAUGCUCAGCUCAGUACCAUGAAACUCCGUUUAGCACUCUUCAGUGCCCCCCUGUGGAUAGGGCACACAGUUUGUUUUCGUGAAUUCCUGUCCCAUUUGGACGCUCACGCUUGCGGCUUUGUUAAGUUUGAUUCUGCUCACUGAUUGGCAAACCUUCACUUGCUGCAAACUGACUUUACUGAAAACACUGACUCGCUAACCAAGGAGGGGUUCCUGAUUCUUCAAACCCCCAUUUUACCAAUGAGUAAAAGCAACUUUACAUUUAACAUGGUUAUGAAACAGCAAGUUUAGGGUAUAUAGUCCCAAGAUACUAUUCACAUGGUGCAUAUUAUUACAAUUGGAUAUGCUACUGGUAUUUACUCUAGGUAUCCAAUAUUCAUAUGGGUCACUGUAAACUUUUAAGCGCCUUUUUUUUGCAAUCUAAAAGAAAAGGAAAUAUUUUAAAGUUUUCUGCCCAGCUAGAAAAUCGUCCAUUUUACAAUCUGCCACUAAGCGGCCCUGCGUUCUAAAUACAAAAACUCUUAGAUGAAAAAUAAAAUAUAUCUAUUUACAGUGAUGAGAAUGGGAGCAGGGUGGGUGUUGCCGCUUAUAGCAGUUUCACAGCCCCCUCCUUGAACUUACUGUGCUGGAAAGCAAUCAGCUUUGAACACUGGCCACUUUCUAUUUGGGCGCAUAUGGCUCUGCGGUUGAGCUAGGGUACUGUAUACAUGUUGUGUAUAGUUCCAUACUUGUGCUUGAUCAUGUGUUGGAAUUGCAGGCAUUUUUUUUUUGUAUUUCUCCAGGGAGAAACAGAUGGGAAAGGAUUGUCUCUGUGUAAUAAACGUGUGCUGUUAACAAGCGCCCUCGUCUGAAUCUCGUGGUAAUUACACUGUUUGUUAUUUGAUUUGAAGCAUUGCUCGCUGAUGGAGUCAGAUAUGUAUUUCACAGUACACUCUUACUGCUGAAGUGCUAUUUGCUGAUUCGUCUAUCGUCGUAAAGAAAAAGUUUAUAAACUGGGCGAUGCUGUUUGGGACACAUCACUUAAAAGAGGUUGCAAGAUGUUUUUUGCAAGCUCAGGGUGGUCAGUCUAAACACCUUCAGAAAAAUAUCUGACCUCGUGUGAGAGCUUUAGGUACAAGAAGAUAAUUCAUAAGAUCAAAAACGUACAUCCUUUUUAUAUCACAUACCCAGAGUCAGACUGCCAGUUACAUGUAGGUGUGUAACAAAUCAUUUUGAAUGAUACUUCCUUUUUUUGAGUUCUCUCAUGUCAGAACAGUUCUGCAUUGCUCCUGUUUUGGACCGGGCCUGUUCCUGUCGGGACAGCCCAUUUGGGCUCCACCCAACUCCACCCACAGAGCAGGUUCUCAGAGUGCUGGCUCAACAGUCCUUUUGGAUUAACAUGACUGUACUGUAUUUACACAAUUCAGAAUGCAACGGUUAAACCAGUGUGUGGCAGAGCAAAGCUCUGCCUUUUUUUAAUUGGCAGG